GUAAUAGAAAACAGGAAGUUCCAGGUCAUGGCUGCUUUAGACAGGUAUAUAAAAAUAAUAUAAUAUUUCCCCAUCGGAUAAUCUCAUUCUUUCUUUCUGGCAACUCUGGCUUUCCAAACACGACCAUAACGACCCUGACACAGAUCAUCAUCGAACUCCCCGUUGACGUCUCCUCUGUUUUCCUUAUUACUUAUAAGCAAAAUCAUCAUCUAGAAUUCCCAGUGAGUCAUCAAUGGGUUGUGUCCAAUCCAAUAUCGAAAACGAAGAUUCAGUGAUUCGAUGUCGAGAACGGAAGCAGCAUAUCAAAGCAGCUAUUUCUGCUCGAAAUGCCUUUGCUUCUGCUCACUCUUCGUACACCUCUUCGCUCAAGAACCUCGGAGCUGCGUUGAAUGAUUACGCGAGUGCUGAGUUUCCCUAUGCUUACUCUGCUGCUUCGGUCUCUCAGUUGUCUUAUGAUCAUUCCAUUCCGCUCCCCCCGCCUCCGCUGCCUGACUUGCUGCCUCCGCUGCAGCGUGCCUCGACGAUGCCUGAAUUGUCGACAGCCGAGGCUCGGGUUUUUCGGUCUGAUGUUAUUGUGGAGGAAGAGGAGCAGGAGGAGGUUGUGGAGAGUUUGGGUGCUGGUUUGAAGCAGAGGAGUUCGAGGAGACGAGGGAGAGAGAUUGAAGAGACGGUUGAUUUGCCGAUUCCUCCACCUUCUCCGCCGCCUUUGAGGGACCGUGAUGAACCUGAGCCGCCUCCUCUACCGCAACAGGAGACGGAUGGGCCGUGGGACUAUUUUUUUCCAAAGAUGGAGAAUGUGCCUGGGACGAGCUUUGAUGCCCUUGAUGAGAAGGAAGAGGAUGUAUCCGGCUCUGAAGCAAGGUCUUGGGAGAGUAAUAUGUACUCGAAUGUUACCACUACUUCGAUAGAUAGAAAAGAGGUUGAGAGGAAAGUCUAUAAGGAAAAUUCCAAGACAGUUCGACAAGCUGAGAAAAUUGUCGAGGAAGAAGAGAUGGAGGAAGAAGAUGAGCUACCAACACCGCCUCCCCUACCAACACCGUCUCCCCCACCACAAGUGAAAAGGGCAGCAAGGCAUCAUGCUUCGGUGUCUGAAGAAGGGAAGAAUUUAGGAAAGGGUAGCGGUGAGACUGUUAAUUUGUUGCACGUAUUUAAAGAACUUGACGACUGUUGCCUUAAGGCAUCACAGAGUACUCUGGAGGUUUCCAAGAUGCUUGAGGCCAAUCGGUUACAUUACCACUCCAAUUUUGCGGAUGAUAGAGACAUUGACCAUUCUGCAAGAGUCAUGCAUGUCAUUACAUGGAAUAAAUCGUCUCGAGGUUUAUCAAUGAAUGAAAAUAGGGAUGCCAAUUAUUCAGAGAAGCAAGAAACUCUUGCUAUGCUUUUGGAGAAAAUGCUGGCUUGGGAGAAGAAACUCUUGGAUGAAGUUAAGGUGGGUGAACAGAUGAAACUAGAAUAUGACAAAAAGGUUGCCUCAUUGAACAGACUUGAGACACGUGGUGUCAAAACUGUCUCACUGGAAAGGAAAAAAGCUGCAGUUAGUCAUCAGCAUACGAGGUAUACUGUUGAUAUGAUGUCCAUGGAUUCAACUGUCUCAGAAAUUAACCGUCUUCGCGAUGAACAAUUGCACCCUAAACUUGUGGAGCUUGUUGAUGGGAUGGCUGCAAUGUGGGAGACCAUGCGAAUCCACCAUGAAAGUCAGUCGAAGAUUGGGCAGGCGCUAGAUGCUCUUGAUAUAUCCCAGUCCUCCAAAGAAACAAGUGAGCAUCACCAUAAAGUAACAGUACAGCUAUGGGUUGUUGUCCAAGAGUGGCACUUACAGUUUGAGAAACUCAUGAGCGAACAGAAGAAGUAUGUAAAAGAACUUACCAGUUGGUUGAAACUAAACCUUGUUCCUAUGAAUACCGACUUGAAGGAGAAGGCUUCAUCACAAGAAAAUCCUCCAAUUAAGCAUUUUCUAAAUGCCUGGAAUUAUCAACUCGACAAGCUUCGUACAGAACCUGCAAAAGAGGCUAUACACAAAUUCGCAGCCAUCAUAAACACCAUAAUGCAAUAUCAACUAGACGAGAUGAAAUUGCGGGACAUUUGUGAGGACACUAGAAGGGAGCAUAACCGCAAAACUCAACAAUUUGAAGACUGGUAUCACAAGCAUAUGCAGAACAGAACACCCCCGGAUGAAGUAGACCCUGACAGGGCGCUUGAUAAGCAGCGAAUAGAAGACUGGCAGUCGACAAUCAAGAGUUUAAAGAAGAAAUUGGAAGAGGACGGAGAAGCCUACCGGAAGCAGUGCUUACAAGUCAGGCAGAAGUCUUGUACCAGUCUGAAAUAUACGUUGCCUGAGCUUUUCCAGGCAAUAUCGGCAUUUUCUCUUGCUUCUUCGGACAUGUAUGGAAAAUUAAUAUCUUCGAUCAACACCCAUGACACAGAGGAAAGCGAUCAGUGAGAUUUUUAUAUAGCUAGUUAAUGCUGGUAUAGCUCGAAAGAUUUGCAAUUUCAGCGAGAUAUUCUACAUGCAGAACUCUGCUUCUUUGUAGUUUCAGUUUUCAAAUUACUUCCUUUUCAUUUUAUUCUUUAAUAUAGAACCCACAGAUGAACUUCAUUUAUAUUAACAAUGUUUUUUCUCA